CUUGACCAUGUUUACACAUCGCAUUGUUUUUUGUUUUCUGUUCAGAUCGCCGGUGGGCCAACUACGCUUAUAUAUGAGGCUGGAGCUGGUUUGACUGGAAUCAUUCGUGCCAGAUCAGUGAGCCCGUCACAUGCGCUUAGUUGCAGUGCAUCCAGUGAAAGCGGAACAUAUCAGAAGUACUACACUUCCAACAUACCACCGCAUUCCAACAUGUUGCCGAAACAAGAAGCCUGCAAUCCCGGAUUCUGCGACUGUCCGUUCCCGAACUCCAUUGAGGUCACCAACCACAAGGGCCACAUCCCAGACUUGGUCAAGUGCCGCUGCGGCGAAGAUGUACCUGGGAAUGUAAGCCCUUGGAGAUGGCAUGUCUCCGAGGAGUCGGAUGCCUUGGUCACCGACAGGGACAUCAUUUUUCACCCCACCUACAGCCAGGGCACGGCAAUUGUAAGAGGAGAGCAUGCCCUAAAACCGGGCAUGGUGCACUUCUGGGAGAUGCGAGUCAUCACCGCGCUGGCUGGCACAGAUGUGAUGUUCGGCAUCGGCACCGGUAGCAUCAAUUUGGAGCAGUUCAAGUUCCACUUUGUCUCGGCUUUGGGUACCAAUGCCCAGUCCUGGGGAUUCUCUUACUCCGGCAGGGUCCAACAUUGUGGAGAGCAGAUUCCCUAUGGUCAAAAAUUCUCCCAGGGAUGUUUAAUUGGUGUCUACCUAGACCGCACCAAUGGACAUUUGGAGUUCUUCCUCAAUCGGAGGCCACUCGGCGUGGCCUACACGAACGUUCCAACGGAUCCAGAUGUUGAUAUAUACCCGAUGGUCUGCUCCACGGCAGCCAAGUCUGUGAUAAGGUUGAUCAAUUGCACCUCGCAGCCCGUUACGCUUCAACUCCGUGCCUUUCAAGCUUUGGCCAAGGAUCCUGCAAAAUUAACAGAGCUGCGCCAGAUGCCAGGCCUGAAGGGUAUCCUGCAAGCGUACUGGUUCAUGGCGCCCCCCAUUAGAUACUCGAGAAGAUCCCGCGAAAACGAAUUCGACCUCGGUGACGAGGCCGUCCUGUCCAGCUCCAAGUUGCGGUUGAGUCGCAAGCAAAAAUACAAAGAAUCCGAUGAUGUGAACAUUGACGAGGAUUUGUACGCGAAUGCCCACAAGAUCUCGUUACGAAGAAGCGAAAGCGGGGAUGAGGAGCAUGCAUCCGUUCAGGAGAUGUGUGAUGAGUACUUCCACUACCUAUUAUAGAUCGAUGUUGCCAUAUCAUAGUUACAUUAAUGCAUUUAUUUAUCUUAUGUUAAACGAAUGGAAUGUUAUUAGAGUAAGAACAAAAGUUAAAGAUAUUCAUGUACCUCUGCACUUACCGUAUAUGCCAGAUUUUUUGUUAAAAUACAAUGAAAAAAAGUGAUGGA